GCAGCAGCUCUCUGAGACAGGUGCAGCUAAUUGUGUUCAUUAGGAGUAAUAUACGAGGCGCGCUCCCGUCACUGCUGCUGGUGCUCGUGUGACAGAUAUUCAUGGCUUGAUUUGAUGGAUUCCAGUGCUACUCACUAAAUGUGAGCCAAAUAGGCAAAAUUCAAUUCCAACUCUAAAAUGUCUAAUAAGACAUUUAACAUGUCCACUGACCAAAGUGAGCGUGAAGUUCCUUUGCCCCACAGAGACCUGCAGCUAGGCCUCUCCCCUGAGAGUCCUUACAGCAACUCGUCCCCUUCACCUGACUACAACAGUAGUGUUUCCAACCUGAGCGACAGAGAAGCCAGCAGCUCCCCUGAUGACAUGCUCGAGUCCUGCAACCCUUACAACACCACCUUACCACAGGGUGAUGUGCUCUGCGGUAUAACCCUGAACCUGAACCAAACAUUUGUCACACAUGUUAACAGGAGUGAAAACUUCUGGGAUAAAAACUUGAAUCUAAUGAGCAACCAUGAGACGGGAUCAGAGAUGUACCAGACUUUUUGUAAGCCCGCAAUGGAUGGGAAUACCACUGCAGUGAUGUUUCCAGACUCUCCUGGGAGGGAAAGCCACCUGGGUUCAUGUGAGACCUCCCGUAGAGGAUCCACUGAGAAUGAUUGCUCGUCGCUGAGCUCAGGGGAUAUGGUUAUAAGGAGCAACAGUUUUUGCCUAGAGGACCAGUCAUUCUUGGUAGUCUCUUCCCUGCAGGUCUCGUCAAUGUCGUUAGCUGCGGGGCAUCCAGCAUCACCUACUGAACCUAACCUGCUUACAACCACUCUGCUGGAUGGCUGUGAAAAAUCCACAGAAAGAGUCACUGAGGAGAACACGAGCCAUCCAGGUCUUGGCAUGACUUUCAUUCAGACAGAGCUGCCCACUGAGGAGAAUGAUAAGGCAACAUCCAACUCCCUCCUACCUCUGCCAACUGAGAGUGAAACAGGUCUUUUGACCUUUGUCUGUGAAACAUCUCCAGCAGAUUGUGGAAAAGAGGCACAGUGUGCAAGUGCUGAAGCACAGCUGCUUCAAUUCCAUGGUGCAGUCACACCAGAACAAGGCAAGGCCUUUGUGUCCACUCUGUCCGUUGUGCAAGACGCCGAUAAGCAUAUUCAUACUUCCACUCCAAUACAAAACAUUGGGAACAUGAUCCCCAGUCUCCCUUCCUUUUCAGAGUCUCCAUGCACUGGAAACACAGACAGCCCGGGACUCCACCCUGUUAAACAGCAGCAAAACGCAAUGACUCCAAAGCAACGUCUGGUGGCAGGACUGCUGCCUUCACCCAGUAAAGUAAAAAUGGAAAUUAAUAAGUUUCCCAAGGUAGACUACAGCAAUGUGAAAUCUAAGGUUGUAACAAGAAAUGUACAUCCAGGCCCUGCUUCACCACACAAACCAUCACAAGUUGAAGUGAACAAAAAACACAGUGAAGCUCAAAAAGGAGCAAGUGCCAGGAUUAGUCCUGCCAAGGUGAGGAGUAGCACUACAGGUGUCUUUACCACUAAAAUGGUUAAAGAUGCUUGCGUGACUGCUGUGGAUGGACAGAGCGAUACAGCACCCCACGUGGCCUCAGCAGUCCAAUGCAGUAACGCCACCUCUGAAACUGAGCAUGCAGUUUCAAGCCAAGAGGGAGAUGCUCCAGCACAGCAUGCUGGCAACCAGACCUUCUGCCUCUCACCCUUAGAAAAAUCCCCUGAUAGAAGCGACCAAACCGAGACCAAACCAACUCCAAAGAAGGGUGCGGCUAACAAAACUGAGGUCAGGUCAUGCUCUGUGUCAGGUCACGACAAGCCUUCUGUCCUCAAGACGUGGCUUCGCUGCUCAUCGGAGAGUUCAGUGUCAUCUAGACCACCCAAGGAAAAGAGACCAGCUCUCAGGUUCUCAGCUAGCUUUAGCACUCCCAAAGCUGACGCCCAUGUGGCCCAGACCAAACAAGGGAACCAGAGUACCACCAGACGGGCCAUACAGGCCACAAACGGACCUGCUGAAAACUCCACCAGAGAGGUUAAAAAGAUCAGCCUGGUGGUAGAGUCCGGUAAAUCGACAACAGCAGGAGCCUCAUUAGACGAGAAUAAGAACAGAUUCCGAGCACGGCCAUCUCCUAGACAAACGAGAGCACCACCUUCACAAGCUCCAUCUGCCAGUCCCAGAGCAGCCACUCUGUCAGCCAGGCAGAGGCAAGCAACCCUGGGGAGGGAUGAAUGCAGGACCCCCAGAGCUGUAGAGACGACAGCGCAAACCAAGCAGAAGAGCAGUACGGGAAAUCAGCGAGCACGAGAGCCAUCCCAUGGAACUGCCUUAACAGCAAGUAUUAAGCCUCAGCUGAAUGGAUCCCGACCCCCUCAGACCCCGAUUCGCCCCUCUCCCAUGGGCUCUCGCUCUACUCCUGCUUCUAGACCACUACGCAAAACCCUUGGGCCAUCCCGGGGCCUGACGGAGGCUUGUGUUAACACUGAGCAGAGUAAAGGUGCAGGGAGACCACAAGUUUCUGGAGGAGCUGCCCAUAAAUCAACCCCAUUCAAAAAUGUAGUGCAGAAAGCGAGACUCCUGACAACCCCUGCGAAAAACACUGGACCAGCAGCUUUGGCCGCAGCAUGCAAACCUGCUGCUCCCACCAGCAAAGGGGCUUCAAAUUCUGCAGCCAGUCCACUGAAAAGGACCGCUUCUGCAAGACUUUGUGUAACUUCAAGUGGCCCUGUGAACAAGAACAAACCCAAGGCCAGCUCGCGCCAGCAACCCCCUCAGCAGCAAGCAUCCCAACAAAGCCAGAGUAACGGACCUCGGGAUGUUGUACCAGCGAGCGUCGCCGAGGGCGAGAGGGAGGACCUGAGCAUCCAGCAGCUCAGAGGACUGCUGGCAGCGAGCAACUGCAGAUUUGAGGCACUUGCCAUCGUCCUGCAGCAGACAUUGUUGGAGCGUGAUGAAGCCACACGGCAGCGCAGGGAUCUAUCCCAGGAGCUGGUCAACCUUCGAGAAGAGCUAGUUUGCUCCAUCCAUUCAUCUGAGCGUCUGGAGAAGGAGAAGGAUGAGCUGCGUGUCGCUCUGGAGGAUGCACUGCAGAAACUGCAGGAGCAGCACCAGAAAGACCUGGUGGAGCUGGAGCAGAGGCUACAGUCCUUCUACCAGGCCGAGUGGGACAAGGUCCACCUCACCUACCAGGAGGAGGCUGACAAGUGCAAGACGCUCAUGCAACAGCAGAUGGAAGAGCUUAAAGCCAAUCAUGAAGCCGCGAAGCUGGAUCUAGAGAACAGUCACACAGAACAGCUACAGUGUGUUAAACAGCAGUUCGAAAUGUCACUGGAAGAGCUCAGCAAAGUCCACAAUCAGGAGCUGCAGUCUUUGGACAAAACUUUGAAAGACGCUGAAGCCACUCUGUCUGGACAAAUUGAAGAGCUAACGGCGGAGAACAAAGCCCUUAUUGAGAAGCUCACUGCAGAGGCGAACAGGAGGAGGGAGCUGGCCGACAAGAGUCAGAAGGACUCCCACAUUCUGUAUCUGGAGCAGGAGCUGGAGAGCCUCAAAGUGGUGCUGGACAUCAAAAACAAACAGCUACACCAGCAGGAAAAGAAGCUGAUGGAGAUCGACAAACUGAAAGAGAAAAAUGUGAAGUUGGACGAGAUCUUCAAGAAGGUCCAGCAGGAGAAUGAGGACCUCAAAGCCCGCAUGGAUAGACACGCUGCACUGUCAAGGCAGCUGUCAACAGAACAAGCAGUGCUGCAGGAGUCCCUUCAGAAGGAGUCCAAAGUGAACAAGCGCUUGUCGAUGGAGAACGAGGAGCUGCUGUGGAAGCUCCAUAACGGAGACCUGAGUAGCCCGCGCAAGGUGUCACCCACCUCCACCACCUCCCCGUCCCACUCCUUCAGCCUCCAGUCGCCUCGAACCUCCGGCCUGUUCUCCAGCCCUCCUGUGUCACCCAGAUAACGAUGGGCUCCUGCUUCAACGAAGCAGAGCCUCUUCUUUUUUCUUUUUUUUGAGGUAUCCCCCUGGAAUUAAGAGCCAUGUUUGUUUCUUCUUUGCUUGGCAACAAAGCCCGACCGUGGCUCCUUCAGGAUUGGAUGAACUCUGACAAUCUCUGUACAGAGAUGCUAUAGACUGCUGGAAAAUGGGGGAAAAAAGAAAAAAGAAAAAAAAGUUGCACAGAAGCACUUAAGCAAGGUCACCUUGUUGUUUGCCUUUCACGUCUGAUGGUAUGGAUGGGGAGGGAAAGGAAAUCUCAGGACUUCUAUGUAUGUAAUGAAACACUAUUUUUGUUACCUGUAUUUGGCUUGUCUUUUCCUGAAGCUCACCGCACGCACACACAUGCAGUAAAUGCAGUUAGAAAAAUACACACAUGCUUGCAUAUAUCAUAUGUUUUGCAUCUCUGGAGAUCACAGGGAAGUCUGAAUUCAGAAAGCUUAAGAGUACAGAUGACGCUGUCCCUCUGCAGAGCACAUUUUAUUUGAAACAUGUAUGCCAUUUCUCACAGCUAACUGCACAAGAGUGAUCGUCAAAUUAUCAUAUUACUAACAACCGGCCGUACAAGUCUCAAUCUUUUUAAAUAUUGGGGAUUUUCUACAUCUAAGUUGACAGUUUAACCAUCAUCUGUGGCCUCAAACAUGUUUUUGUUCUUAAUAUCUGUUUGUUUAUUUGACUAUGGGACCAAUCCAAGUCUUUGUGCAUGUGUUUGAGUCUUGUUAAUGCCCCCCCCCUCUUGCUGAACCCUCCGAAUGCAGCUUUAAAGUCUGGGUCUUUGCAAAGAGUUGACCAGAAGGAGCUUUACAGUACUUGUACUUGUCAGAGACACUGCCUCAUGGAAAUGUCUCAUAAAGAGUAUUUUGUGUGGAAUUGGUAUUAUUGGUGUGUUGACCCUGUUUGAAAUAUGCAAUUAAUAAAGUCUUGUAUUAAAGCUGG